AUGACAAUAGACUCGGAUUCAGAUGUGGGUCCAGAUGUCUCAACAAACUCUACAAGUAAAAUUUAAAAACAAUAACACGAUAAGAAAUAAAAGAAAAACUCAAAGAAGUAGAAAUAAGUGAUUCCAGGAGUUGAUGAGGAGGACAUCUAAUUAAAUAGAGAGUUUUAGCUUUAAGAUGAGGGAGAUUUUUACAAAGGAAUGAAGAAUAAUCAAACAGCAGGAUCGACUCAAAGAGGUGUUGGUGAUAGCAAGAGUAUCUGGAAUUUCUAGGACACGAUUAAGACUGAUUAGUAGAAAUAAAAAUACAAUUAAGAACUAGCAGAAGAAAAGGAAAAAUAAAACUUUAAGAAUUUAGAGGAAAAGAUUGUCAAAAUCCUUGAUGACUAUGGUUUGACUAUCUCUGAUAAUGAGUAGGAUUAGCCGAAGUAAAACUAAGGUCCUAAACCCUAGAUUCAGAAAACUGAUGCUAAAGUUCAUUAUGACAAAGAAGAUCUUAUUUCUUUCCAUCAGCUUUUCAUUUCAAAGCCACUCGUUAAAGCCUGCUAAGAUCUUGAAUAUGAUCACCCUACUGUUAUUUAAAGGAAGGUUAUCCCAGCUAUUAUUGAAGGAAAUGAUAUUCUAGCUCAUGCAGUAACUGGUAGUGGUAAAACAGCUUCAUAUUUACUUCCAAUUAUGGAAAAGUACUUAAGAUUAAGAGCAUCAAAUAAGGCAUCUCUUGGUAAACUUAGGUAUUUAAUACUCUAACCAACUAGAGAGCUAGCUGCAUAAUCCUAUUCAAUGUGUUAAAAUCUCUCAAAAUAUCUUCCAUAAGAUUCAUUCAAUACCUCAGUUGUCUUUGGAGGUUCAUCACUGGGCCAUUAAAAGAGGGAGCUUGAAAAUCAGCCAGAUAUGGUUAUUGGCACUAUUGGUAGAAUCCUUGAUCAUAUUCAUAAUACUAAGGGAUUCACACUUGAAAAUGUAGAUAUAUUAGUCCUUGAUGAGGCUGAUAAGUUACUUGAAAUGGGAUUUAAGGAUGAACUUCUUGAAAUCCUUAAGAAUUGUAGCAAUCCAAAGCGAUAAACACUUAUGGUCAGUGCUACUUUAAAUUAAGAUAUCAAAGAACUAGCUUAGUUAGCAUUGAAAUAGGCACUUUAGUUUACCGUAUCAUAGUAAUAAAAGCUUGCUGAUAAUAACUCAUUGAGAUUAACUUAAUACAUAGUUAGAUUACCUGAAAAUCUAGAAAAAAUUCCAAAAUAAAAAUUGGAGAGAAAAGCUAAUGAAGAUGAAGAAAUGGAUGAAGAGGAGAGCGAAGAAAAGGAGAAUCUAUCUGGAUCUGAGGAUGAAUUGGAAGGUGAUGACGAACUUGAUGAAGAUCUUGAUGGGGAUGAGGACUCUGAGAAAGAUGAUGAUGAAAAUAAAGUUGUUGGUAAAGAUGACGAUGAAGACCUGGAAAGUGAAGAUAGUGAUCCAUAUGGAGAUGAGGGACUUGACUCAGCUGAUGAUAGCGAUGAUAGUGACGAUUAGAAGAAAAAGCAUAAUAAGAAGGAGAAAAAAUAGGACUUUAGAAAAAAGAAAGAUUAAAAGCCUGUUCAUAAAUUAGACCCUUAUCUAAUUAGAAGAGAAGCUACACUCUUGAAUCUUGUUAAGAAACAUUUUAAACAAAGAGUCAUCAUCUUCUUCAAUGAGAAAGCUUAAUGCCACAGAAUGAUGAUUCUGUUUAGAAUUUAUGGUUUAGAUGCAACAGAGGUUCAUGGUAACUUAACGUAGUAAGAGAGAAUGUAGAACAUUGAAUUGUUCUAGUCUGGACAAGUUGAAUAUCUUUUGGCUACAGAUCUUGUUGCUAGAGGAUUAGAUUUGCCCUAGGUUAAAACUGUAAUUAAUUUCUCAUUCCCAACUGAGCCAAAGAGAUAUUUACACAGAAUCGGAAGAACUGCUCGAGCUGGAGCACAUGGUGUCGCCAUUACUAUUUGUAAUGAUGAGGAGAGAAAAGAAAUAAAGAAACUCACAAGAAAAUUAGGACAACAGGUUAGUACAUACACUCUUUAAACCUAAUAAGUCAAGAGAAUAUUUACAAAAAUUAGCGCUCAACUAGAUUAGAUAGUCAAGGAAAUAUCAGUUGAAGAAAAAGCAGAUAGAGAGAUGGAAGAAGCUUUGAUGCAAGCAAAAAGAGCUGAAAAUAUGAUUAAAUAUAAGGAUGAGAUUAUGAACAGACCUAAGAAGCAUUGGUAAAAAAGUAAUGACUAGAAAAAAGACAAUAAGGAAAAGUCUAAGAAAGAGUUAGAUUCAAUUAAGAAUAAAUUUGAACAGUAUCAAACUCAACAAUCAAAGGAAGUGAGGAAAAGGGACUAAAAGAUGAAAUCUAAGGAGAAAAAGAAAUUGCAACCAGGCUAGAGUAAAUUUGAGGAAGAUGUUGAGCAUGAUUAAGCAGAAAAAAAGCCAAGUCAAAAUAAGGGAGGAUAGCAAAGAGAUGGUGAUAGAAGUAAAACUCCAUUUAAAAAGGAUUAAAAGCCAUUCAAAAAGAGACCUAAUGCUCAACCAAUUAAUCCAAAAAUGAAUGCCAAAUUUGAUGAGAAGCAUGCUAAAUUAAGAAAGGGAAGAAGAGAUAGUAAGGUAAUGGUGAAAGGUAAAUAAAGUGCUGGCACUUAAGAGAAGUAAAAAACAAGAGGUGAAAAGUGGAAGGAACGAUCUGAGUAAAAAAUGAAAUCCAAAGAAGGCACUGGUAAGGGACCUAGUAAAGGUGGAAAGUCUUUUGGAGGCAAAAAAGGUUUUGAGGGCAAGAAGAAAGGCUUUGAAGGCAAAAAGAGUUUUGGAGAUAAAAAAUUCAAUAAAAAUAAUAAUGGAAAUAAGAGACAAAAGAGAUGA